CAGGACUCUGCGCGCGCACCCCACCCCUCCAGGAGCACGAGGCGUCUCUCUAUCUCUCUCCGGUCUGUCUCCGCUCUCUCUUAUCACACACACAGAGCCGAGGAAUCCCCCCGCCAUGUCCUGGAUAGACUACGUCAACACCUUUGUGGACGGCACCGUGUGCACGGACUGCGCCAUCUACGCCUUGGCUCCUCCGCACGGAGUGUGGGCCGCCUACCCCGGAGGGAGCUUCUGUUCUCUCACGGCACAAGAAUUGACCCAUCUCUGUGCCAAAGAUCGAAGCCACUUAUUUAUCAAUGGCCUAGUGAUUGGAGGGCAGAAGUGCAGCGUGCUCAGGGACCUCUGGUUUGAUGACUCACAAAUGUGCCUAGACGCCAGGACAAAAAGCACAGACGGAGGAACCACAUUCAACAUUCACAUCGUCCGGUCCAAUCAAGCGAUCUUCUUCCUGAAAGGAGGGAACGGUAUUCACGGCGGACAGUUGAACCAGAAAUGUUAUGAUACCAUGAAGUACCUGAGGGGCAUUGGGUAUUGAUGCUGCUGCCGCCUCUCCAGUUGCCUGUUCCAGCUGCCAACAUUGGACCAACCACCUGAUUCGUCACCCACCAACCCCCCUCCUUUCCACCCCUCAAUUUUUUUUUUAUCGUUUUGUUUUUUUUGCUGCCCCAAAACACCAGAAUGAACAGAAUUUUUUCCAAGAAAAAUUUAUAUCUGAUUUAAGAAUAAAAAAAAAUAUGCUCUAC